CCAUCUGCUGUUUGUAUGACUGUGUCGAUUGUGAUCACUCCUCAUUGUCCAGAUGGAAUAGAUGGACACAGGACACUAAGGGACAAGCCGGGUCUGGCUGGCAAGAGGGACAUGGGCCAGGAGGAGGACUUCAGAACAGGUUCCCUGAGAAUAGCAGAUGGAGAUAUCAUCCACACUGUCAUUGACUUCCUGUCGUACCUAAAGCUCAAAGAUAUGGGAGCGUUGGACAGCCUGUCUUCCUCUGUGACAUCAGACGAACUGGCCAAUCCAUAACGUGUCUGCCUCUCUGCAGCUCAUCUCCAUCUCCCCAAGUCUAUGUUUCUGCUGUGUGGGCUCCCACUGCCCUAACUGUCACCUUCCUGUAGCUCCAUUCACAUUCUGAUUAGUCCUGGUACCAGAGAGCUGAUACCUUAACUCUUGAUUGAUUGCCCCCCACCCCCAAAUACAAAUAUCAGAUAUUUCUGCUCCUGUGUAAAUAAAACUUUAUAUCCACUGAAGGUCAGUGAGUGUCUGCUGACUGUAGGUUGAUCUAGGUAAUAGGGACCUCUGUUCACAACCCAACGCUGUAUUAUCAUCUUAAAAUACCAUCAUCUGAUGUAUGAGAAUGGAGUGAGAUAAAUAAACAAAUGGCACUGGACUCAA